GACCAACUUUACAAACCGUUAAGUCAAGGGCACAAAGUGUGACAAUUCAUUCCGAAAAAGGACAAGAAACGAAGACUAUUGCAUUGAAGACCAGUACGACCACAACAGAGGCGCCAACCACCACGACCACCCGCGCACCGUCACGUCUCCGCGAAAUCGACGGCAGCCUCAGCAGCUCUGCGUGGGUGUGUGCCCCGCUGCUGCUCGCCGCAUCCGCGCUGGCGUACACCGCUGUGGGCUGA